CACCUGUGCUCCUCCCUCAUCAGGAGGCGGGGCAAACUGGGCCAGGUAACGUCCAGGAUUGGCUGGCGCUGGAGGUUUGAGUGGUCAAGCUUGUACUGUCACGUGGUGUACACUACUUUCUUAUCACUUGGCUGCUGCCCAGGCCACUCUGCUCCUGUCGCUUCUUUGGAUGCCGGCGCUGUUGCCUGUGGCCUCCCGUCUUCUGUUGCUAUCCCGAGCCCUGCUGACCAUGGCCUCAGGAAGCUCCCCGUCCCAGUGCCCGCCGGCCUCGGGCUCCGCCUACGUCCCCGGCUCGGUCUCUGCAGCCUUUGUCACCUGCCCCAACGAGAAGGUCGCCAAGGAUAUCGCCAGGGCUGUGGUGGAGAAGCGCCUAGCAGCCUGCGUCAACCUCAUCCCUCAGAUUACAUCCAUCUAUGAGUGGAAAGGAAAGAUUGAGGAGGACAGUGAGGUGCUGAUGAUGAUUAAAACCCGAAGUUCCUUGGUUCCAGCUUUGACAGAUUUUGUUCGUUCUGUGCACCCUUACGAAGUGGCGGAAGUGAUUGCAUUGCCUGUGGAGCAGGGGAACUCCCCAUACCUGCAUUGGGUGCACCAGGUCACAGAAUCAGUUUCUGACUCUAGCACAGUCCUACCAUGACAAGUCCUGGCCCUGACAUGCUCUCCUCAAUACUUCAGUGCCCUCUGACUACCAGGUGAUGGCUGGGCCUCCAAUAAAUCCUAACUUUGGUUCUCUCUGA